GUUCGAAUUUAUUUAGGGAUUUAUUGCGACACAAGUAGUAUUGUAAUGGUGAAGAGGGGGUGGGUGAUUAAAUGAUGAUGACACUGCAAGUCAAGUUUCCUAAAUCAUGUUCCAAAACCCCUUCUAUGAAGUGUUAACUUUUUAUCCAUCGAUGGUGUUAAGAGCAAAAUAAUCGCUCUUAAUUUAUUAACGGAAGCCACUUGAUCUUACAGCUGGGGGGAAUAAAAACAACACUUAGGAUUUUUUAGUGUUUUUAUUACUAACGAACAGCUAACGGAUUGAUUAUUGUUAUAAUACGUUCAGUGUAUGUACAUUUGUAGUGUAAAGAACUCGGACUCUAUUUCAACAGAAUGCGGGAAUUAUAUUCUUAUUUUAUAAUCUCUGUAAUUGGGAGUUUAUGGAGUGUUUCCGAUGGCGCCAUCAUAAACUACACCCAACCUGCCACUCUUAACCGGAAUGUGAUAUUACCAUGCCGACUGCCAAUGCACGAGAGCAAAAAUGUCAACGUUCGCUGGUAUAGCGGCAAAGAUGGCUGGCUGACUUCCGGUACAAACGUUUACGCACACCAUGCUGAAAUAGAAAUUAUGAAACCUGCACCCAAUGAGUGGAAUCUGUUUAUCAAGAAAAUGACUAAGUCGUUUGAAGACACUUACACCUGUAAAACUGAUCAGAACGAGAUACUUUCGCUGGUCAAGGUCAUAAUCGAAACCCCUCCGAAGAUAGACGAAUUGGCGUCGUCUCCGAAACGUGUUAAUGUUAAAGAAGGCGAAAAUGCUGAACUGAGGUGUGAAGUUACCGGAACGCCUACACCGGAAAUACAUUGGUACAGAGGCUCAUCUGAAACGCCCACUAGGGUUUCCGGUAAGCUGCUUAAAAUACCCGCCAUAAAGAGGUACGCGGCAGACGAAUACAUUUGUCGUGCAAACAGUUCGAAAGGAGAAGCUGAGCAUAGAAUUCGUCUGACUGUUAACUUUGGACCGGAAGCAACCAUUAUGGAGUCACCAGUAUACGCAGCCGGUGCGAAAGUAGCAGUGAUGUCAUGUGUUGUCCAGGGCUCACCACUCAUUGCAGCUUACUGGAGAGAUCUACGUGGCAAACAAAUAAAGGCGAACUGGAGAUACCUAGUGAUGCAAGAGGACGCUGGUGAUGGGAUACCUGUAAAGUUUUUAAAUCUUGUUAUCCGCCAGUCCGUAUUAGCCUAUAAAGACUUCGGGAAUUACACGUGCGUGGCACAAACGGAUAACAGUGAAGCACGAGCUAUAGUAGAACUGAAAAAUAUAGCAGAUAAGCCAAAAGAAGAGGAAGGGAAAGUUAUCAACUAUAACUGAUUACAAAUAAUAAGCUUUUUUUAUUUUAAACGGACAAAAAAUCAACAUCACUUAACGUUAUAAGUUGUUUUCUUGGAAUUAAAAACAAUGAAAGAAAUAUUUCAGUAGACAUAACCUUUAUACCAUCUAAAGAAAGCGCAGUUAACUAAAUGUUUGUGAAUAUUGUAUAUUUUAAUGCUUCAACAAUGUAUAUAAUUUAUAUUCAUUCUGAAAUUUGAUGAAUCAUUAUCUUUAAAGUGGUUUGACUUUAUGUUAGAUAUCCUCUGAUUAUUAUACAACGUACAUGUAAGUUUUUUUUUUUCAUAUUCCUUUCCAUUGUUUUACUUGUACAUAAUUUAUAAUGCAAAAUACAGAUUGUUGUACAAAAAGUGUGUUUUUUUUUAAAUAAAUGAACAUUCAGAAGAACAAUUACUUUGAGAAUGUAUACAAAAAUGAUGCAAUUUAAAAUGUCUGUGUAACAAUUACUUCCCCUUAUCUAUUAGUUAGCAGCAGUUACUUUCUCUAAUCAGAAUAGCCGGUUACUUCCUUAAAUUAUUAGACGCCGCGCUGCAAGUGGCGUCAAGUAGAUAUGCAUUUGUCCAUACAGCAAUGGGGAAAAUUUUAGACUUGAUUUUGUGUAUUUUUUUAAAAAUUUUUUUAAACAAAAUCACACUGUUUUCAAAUUUUCUAAUAAAAAUAGCUUUUUCUGAUGUACAGCAUGUCACAGAGCUUUAAGGGAUUAGAAUAAACGUUUAACUGAAGUGAUAUAUAGUGCCUUAUUUGAAUAUCAUAUACUUUUUAUCAUAUCUAAUUUUAUCUACAUAAUAAAUAACGUGCCAAUGA